AUGGGUGCGUUCCCGACUGUGGUGCAUCCUGAAUACAAGAUUCGUGAAGAUGGCAGCAUCAUGAGAGCAUUGGCGUGGUUCGGUACGAGGGAUGCUCGUCUCAUCGACGCUCCCAUCCCAGACAUCUCCGCGCCAGACGAUCUCAUUUUGAAGGUUACAGGCACCACAAUUUGCGGUUCCGACUUGCAUCUAUACAACGGCGAAAUCGUCGCAUUACAGACAUCCUUGGACAUGAGAGUUGGCCCAAAUAUGAGGAAUGUCAAGAUCGGACAACGGGUCGUAGCCUCUUUCAGAUUGCAAUGGUAUGGUCACCGCAACGCGGCUUUCUUCGGACACUCGCACUUCGCGGGUGGAUUCGCUGGCGGCCAAGCCGAGUACGUCAGAGCACCUAAAGGCAAUGUCAACCUUCUCUCGAUCCCCAACGAGCACAAUGUGAUGGACACCGGAGUCCAGGAGGGCGACGUCGUCGGAAUCUGGGGCCUCGGUCCUAUCGGUCAAUGUGUCGCACAAUUCGCCAAGAUGAAGGGUGUUAAGCGCAUCAUUGGUAUCGACCGGGUCCCAGAACGACUCGCCUUCGUCCGCGACAAGACAGGAAUUGAGACACUGGACUCUGCACAACACACCGAUGUCGUCAAGCGCUUGCAAGAAAUCGCUCCCGGCACACUGCUGCACAAGGUUGAGAAGGCGCUGAUGCUUGAGACUGACGUACCGGAAAUCGUAAAUGAGAUGGUCAUGUCUGUCAAGAAGGGCGGACGAUGCGGUGUCAUCGCAACCUAUGCAGGUCACUGCAACCAUUUCAACCGCGGGGCGCUGAUGGAGAAGGGUGUUCGACUCUUCGGCAACGGUCAAGCACCGGUACAUAAGUGGUGGAAGGAGAUCCUAUACGACCUGAUCAUUCCUAGGAAGUUCGACCCCACAUUGUAA